GCAGAUGAAUGGCGGUAGCCAUCGAGUAAAAAAGCGAAUUCUGGUUGUGGGUUUUCAUCUCUGUGUUACAGAUGUAAAUAUAUUCUAGAUAAUCCUAGCUAUUUUGAAACUUCUGGUGGCUCAACUAGAAUUCACAUUUGUACAGCCUUCAACUUAGGCCUUCACCAUUACAUUGCAAUACAUCAUAGCCCAGUCAACUUGUGCAGGUCUUGGCUUAGCCUAGGCCUUUCAAGUAAUGUAGGGCCUAGGAGAUCAGGAGACCAAUUUGAAGUUCAUAGGCCUAGUGCUCCUUCAGAAAUUGCUGCAUUUACUUGUACGUUAGAUUAAGUUUAUUUGGUCUAAGUUUUAAGAACUGGUUUCAACCAACAAUGGAUUCUGAAGAUGAAGAGAAUAUUCAGGAAGGAGGAGACAACUCGUCGGAUGAAAGUCAUUCCUCCAGUGAAAACAAUAGUUCAGAUUCUGGAUCAGAGGGACAUGAAGCAGUAGCAGAUCACGAUGAGGAUGAUGAAGAAGAGGAAGAAGAGGAGGAGGAGCAUUCAGCUGAUGAACACUCAGACGAUGCAACACGAUCAGAAUCAGAAGAAUCUAAGAAAUCAGACAAUGAGUCAAAUGACGAAUCUAAUGAGGACAUGGAGGAAAAUAAUAAUGCGCAUUCAGAUGAUGAGGAUGAGCAAGAUGACGAUGACGAUGAUGAGGAGAAGGAUGAAAAUGAAGACUCCGAGAAUGAUGAUGAGAGUGGUAGUCCAAGUAAAAUGAAAGAUGAGGAUGAUGAAACCAAGGAGCAGCGAUGGUUUACCAAAGUCACCACUGCCAAAGAUAUCAAAGAGAUGAUGGAAGAAUUUCCAGAUAUUUAUGGUAUUCGGCGGUCAAGUCGUUGCAAGAAUAAAGUAGCACGAUAUCAGAUGACUCCAACUGAUGAACCAGAAGGCGGCAGGGGAAGAAAGAAAUCAGUGACAGGAUCUUCAAGAGGGAGACGGAACAAUAAAACUGAUGGAUGGCAUAGAGGAACCCGUUUAAGCGACUCCUCAAGUGAGGAGAGUGGUUCUGACUUUGAGCCAGCAUCCAGAGGUAAAUCAAGAGCUAAUGCAAGAUCAACUGUUAAAAACCGUGCAUCUGCAAGAGGCGGCGCAAGAAAGAAACAGUCUGUGAAUCGACGCAAACGUGCAUCGAGCUCUGAAGUGACUGAUAGCGAUAGUGACUACCCACGUGCACAACGCAGUCAGCGGACAGCAACUGCCAAAGUCAGUUACCUUGAGGAAGAUGAAGACUCCACCGACUCUGAUGACAUCAUCGAACAAACUGGACAAACUGAUGGAAACGAUGAUGCAGAGGUCAUCGAGAAGGUUUUAAAUCAUAGAAUUGGUCGCAAAGGAAAAACUGGUGCAAUAACUACUGUCUAUUAUGUGGAAGCAAAUGGUGAUCCAAACCAGGGUAUCGAUAUGGAGACAGAGGAAACAGAGACGCAGUACCUGAUUAAGUGGAGAGGAUGGGCCCACAUACACAAUACAUGGGAAUCUGAAGAUACUUUAAAAGCACAGAAAGUUAAAGGGAUGAAGAAGCUAGAAAACUAUAUCAAGAGAGAGGAAGAAGUAAUGGAAUGGAAGAAAGUGGCAAAUCCAGAAGAUGUAGAGUAUUAUGAAUGCCAGCAGGAGAUGUCCCUCCAGCUGGUUGAACAGUACCAAAAAGUAGAACGUAUUAUUGCUCAUCAGAACACAUCAUCUGGGUACCCAGAUUACCUGUGCAAGUGGCAGGGAUAUCCAUACUCGGAGUGUACCAUGGAGGAUGGAGAGCUGAUCGCCAAGAACAACCAGGAGUGCAUUGAUGCAUAUCAUAAAAGAAACAAAUGCACAAGAAUACCAUCAAAAAUUACUAGGGUUUUAAAGAUCCGACCUCGGUUCGUGCAACUCAAAGCGCAGCCCUCGUACAUUGGUGGAGAUGACCUUGAGCUGAGAGACUAUCAGUUAGACGGCCUAAACUGGCUGGCACACUCGUGGUGCAAAGAAAACAGUAUCAUACUUGCUGAUGAGAUGGGACUUGGCAAGACCAUCCAGACCAUUUCAUUUCUAUCGUACCUUCACCAUGCCCAUCAGCUUUAUGGACCAUUUCUUGUGGUGGUGCCAUUAUCAACCAUGACAUCAUGGCAACGAGAGUUCCAAAUGUGGGCUCCUGAGCUGAAUGUUAUUAUGUAUAUUGGAGAUGUUAAAAGCAGAAAUAUAAUUAGAGAAGAUGAAUGGUGUCACAACAACAAUCGGAACCGAUUAAAAUUCAAUGUUAUUGUAACAACAUAUGAAAUACUCCUAAAAGACAAGUCUUUCCUUGGCAGCAUUAACUGGGCUAAUCUAAUAGUUGAUGAAGCCCAUCGAUUGAAAAAUGAUGAUUCUUUACUUUACAAAACUCUGAUGAACUUCAGCACUAACCACCGAUUACUGAUCACAGGAACACCCUUACAGAAUUCCCUCAAGGAGCUGUGGUCGCUCCUGCAUUUUAUUAUGCCUGAUGACUUUACAUCAUGGGAAGAGUUUGAAGAGCAGCAUCAAUGUGCUGACAAGAAUGGUUAUGCCAGCUUGCACCAGGAACUUGAGCCGUUUCUGUUGAGGAGGGUUAAGAAGGAUGUGGAGAAGUCGUUACCAGCCAAAGUGGAGAGGAUCCUCCGAGUGGAAAUGAGUGCUACUCAGAAGCAGUACUAUAAGUGGAUCCUAACAAAGAAUUUCCUUGCACUGAGCAAAGGAGUAAAAGGAAGCAUCACUGGUUUUAUUAAUCUGGUUAUGGAACUAAAGAAGUGUUGUAACCAUCCAUUACUGGUUAGACAGGAAGAUGGUCCAGUUGAUCUGCAGAAAAUUAUUCGUAUGAGUGGGAAGCUUGUAUUGCUAGACAAGCUGUUGACGCGCUUUCAUGAACGUGGUAACCGCGUACUCAUCUUCUCACAAAUGGUUCGCAUGCUGGACAUACUUGCUGAUUACCUUCGGUAUAAACAUUGGCCAUUUCAGAGGCUAGAUGGAUCAGUGGGUAGUGACUUAAGGAAGCAGGCGCUAGACCAUUUUAAUGCUGAGAAGUCACUUGAUUUCUGCUUCUUACUGUCGACAAGAGCAGGUGGACUCGGAUUAAAUCUGGCAACAGCCGACACAGUUAUCAUCUUCGAUUCAGAUUGGAACCCACAGAAUGAUCUACAAGCCAUGUCAAGAGCACAUAGAAUAGGCCAAAGAAAGCAGGUAAACAUUUACAGGCUAGUUACAAAGGUGAGCGUAGAGGAAGAGAUAAUUGAAAGGGCCAAAAAGAAGAUGGUGUUAGAUCAUCUGGUGAUCCAGAGGAUGGAUACCUCUGGCAGGACAGUUCUUUCAAAGACAUCAGCACCUGCUAGUAAUACACCAUUUACCCGUGAGGAACUCUCUCAUAUUCUCAAGUUCGGAGCUGAAGAGCUUUUCAAAGAAGCUGACGGCGAGGAGUCGGAGCUACAGGAGUUUGACAUUGAUUCUAUUCUGGAGGGUGCUGAGACUCAUGAAUCUGAAAAUGCUGUUGCUGGUAUGGAAUUCCUUUCCCAAUUCAAGGUGGCCAAUUUCUCAACAAUGGAAGAGGAGGAAGAAGUUUCGGAGAUGGGUGCAUCCUGGGAAGACAUCAUUCCACUGGAAGCACGGAGUAAAGUAGAAGAGGAGGAGAAACAGAAGGAGAAGAUGGAUUUUUAUCUUCCUCCUAGAGUGAGAAAACAAGUGCAAAAUAUGUCCUAUCGUGAUAACAGUGAUUCUGAGGGCUCAUCAAAGAAACGAAAGGGUCGACGUUCAUCAGGAACGAGCAGCGAGUCUGAAGAUAGUGACACAGGCAAGAAGACCAAGCGUCCACGGGGAAGACCCCGAACUGUACCACGCGACACCAUUACAGGAUUUACAGAUACUGAGAUUCGACGGUUUGUUAAAAGUUAUAAGAAGUUCGGAAGGCCUCUAACAAGGCUGGAAGCAAUAGCCGGAGAUGCUGAGCUGCAAGAAAAAUCACAGGCUGAUUUAAAAAGGCUUGGAGACACGUUGCACAAUGGCUGUAAGCGUGUAAUACAAGAAUAUGAGGAGAGGUUAAAGCAAGAUUCAGAAUUUGAUGGUAAGAAGCGAGGCGCCACCUUGAAACUCUCAAAUGCAAUCAUCAAUGCACCGUCAGUGAUGAAACAUGAGGAGGAGUUGGAGCCAUUGGCUGCUAUGAUACCAGCAGAUCCAGCACAAAGAAAAAAGUAUCAGCUUUCCUGUAAGUUGAAGGCAACAAAUUGGAAUGUGGAUUGGGAACCUGAGGAUGAUGCUAAUUUGAUUAAGGGAGUUUAUGAGUAUGGUUUAGGUAGCUGGGAAGCAAUCAAGAUGGACCCACAAUUACAUUUAGAUAAAAAGAUUCUUCUUGAUGAUCAGAGUAAAAAGCCCCAAGCUAAGCAGCUGCAGCAAAGGUCAGAAUAUAUCAUAAAACUGCUCAAAAAGGAAAUGUUGUCCGAACAAGAGUUAAAACAAACAAAGAAACGAGUGAAAGACAAAGAGAAGUUAAAAGCAAGCAAAGUAAAGGAAGCAACAAUUAAAUCCAAACCAAUUAAAGGAAAAAUACCAAAGAAAAAACGAAAAGGAUCUGGAAAGGUUAACAGCGAUGAAGAGGACAGAAAACGGAAGGAAAAUUUAGAAGAAGGAGAAAUCCCAGAUGAUGAUAUGGAUGAUGACAGCCCACCUGCAAAGCCCAAGAAAGGACGUCCUAAGGGGAAGAAAGGAAAAGAAAACAAGGAAGUGAAGGAAGAAGAUGGCGAUAAAAAACCUAUAAAACCAAAGGGUGGCGCAAGGGGCAAAGGUAGCCAGUCAGCACCCAUGCAUUUCACUGCAAACACUCUACCAGUGCCACUAGUAGAGUUCAUUGAACCUGAAGGAGAUCUUGAUGAGACAACAUUCAGUUUGUGUAAAGAGAGAAUGCGACCAGUAAAACGAGCACUCAAACUGUUGGACAACCCACCUGAAGAUGUGUCAGAAAGCGAUCAACUGAAUCACACACGUCAAUGCUUAUUGAAGAUCGGUGAUCGUAUUAACGAGUGCAUCGCAGAAUUCACAGGAGCUGAAAAAAUGUCAGAAUGGAAGGGGUAUUUGUGGACAUUUGUAGCAAAAUUUACCGAGUUUGAUGCUAAGAAACUUUAUAAAUUAUAUAAGCAUGCAAAUAAGAAAAGAGCUGACGAGAGAAGCAAAGAUGUAGAGACCAAGCCAACCAAGCCUACAUCGGGUGCUGUAUCAAAGAAGAGGCAAGGAGAAGUUCAUCCAAAUGGUCCUGGGACCAAACGUUUACAUUCCAGUGGUGAUUCUAGUCGAGAUCGUGACAGACAUAUACCAGUGUCAACUGGUAGUGCAGCUCAUUAUCACCCUAUUCGAAUCCCACCACCCUUCAUCAAGAGACCGCCCCAUAAUGACUAUGGGGAGAACAUGGACCACUCCGCCAGGGAUAGAUCUGACUUUCACUCAAAUCGUACCCAUCAUCACGACAACCACUGGUAUGAUAGGGAAAGGGUUGGAAAUUAUGGAAGAGAUCGGGAUAGAGAGGACAGUAGAUAUAGUUCAGACCAUAAGCGUGGUGGUACUGGUUCGGGAGCUUCCAAUACAAGUCGUCACCAAUAUUUUCGUGGUGAUGACCAUCGUCACCAUAGCGAAAAGUCAGAAUAUGUCUCGCACAGUCAGCACCAAGCAGGCAGUCGAGACGACCGGUUUCAUCACUCUCACACAGACAGCAAACGUAGAAAGAUUGAGCGUUCUGACAAGCGCCGGUCUUCAAGCUCAGAUCGCAAAGGAGACCACUGGGGUGGGGGAGAUGCAAGCUCACCAAACAAGGCUAAAGGUCAUCACCAUUGAAAGCUAACCAUAGUUAAAUGCUGGAGCUAUAGCUCCAUGUUUAUAUCAUGGUUUAAAAAAGCAUAGCAUGGCUGGCUAUAAAAAUAAUGUACAGCGAAUGUGAAAAAACCAGGCCGAAUCAAAUUCGCUUGGAGGAGAUCCUAAUAAAUUAUUUUCCUUCAAGAUAUAAAUACAAACAUCUAUCAAAAAUACUUAUUUGAUUCAAGAUUUGAAUUUCGGUGGGUAUACAUCAAUACUUUGUUCAGUAAUGUAAAACUUACCAAUUACUGGAAUUGUUGGUCGUAUCCUGAUAUCUGUUACAAUGUUCUCAAACAAUUCUCCUUAAUCUUGUAUUUCUACAGUCAAUAUAGCCUUGUGGUUGUCAA